AUGGAAGACGGUCACUCCCUUUUCGAUUACAGUGUUGGACUGAAUGAUAUUGUUCAACUCUUGGUCAGACAAAGCCCAGCAGUGCUUCCUGCUGUUAGUAAGGAAAAGGAUUCUGAACUCUCCGACACGGACUCUGGCUGUGGCUCAGGCCAAAGUGAAUCUGACAAAAGCUCUCACAAUGGAGAAGGUACCAUGGAGCUGAAGGAACAGCCCAGCACAGCGGCGCAGCCCGACUGGACUGACCCGGGAUUUGGCCUCUAUAAGAUCAAUGACUUGGUCGAUGCUCGAGAUACGAAUAUGGGAGCAUGGUUUGAAGCCCAGGUUGUAAAUGUAACCAGAAGAAAACCUGCAAAUGAAUCGGCUGACAGCUGCACAGAUCCUGAUCAGCCGACAACCAUUCCCGAAGAAGAUGUAAUAUACCACGUGAAAUAUGAAGAUUAUCCAGAGAAUGGAGUUGUAGAAUUGAGUUCGAAUGACGUACGGGCUCGUGCACGGACUAUUUUGAAGUGGCACCAGCUAGAAGUGGGACAGGUGGUGAUGGUCAACUAUAAUCCCGAUGAACCAAAAGAGCGAGGGUUUUGGUACGAUGCGGAGAUUCUACAAAAAAGGGAAACAAAAAUGAUCAAGGAACUAAAUGCAAAGAUAUUGCUUGGGGAUGCUGGUGAUUCCUUGAAUGACUGCAGAAUUACAUUAGUGGAUGAAAUUUACAAAAUUGAAGAACCAGGCAGUGCUUGUCCACUUAGUGCCAGUCCAUUAAAACGACAAAAUGGACCUGUGUGUAAAGCUUGUAAGGACAACCCGAACAAGACCUGCAGAGUCUGUGCUUGCCAUAUCUGUGGAGGUAAACAAGAUCCAGAUAAACAGCUAAUGUGUGAUGAGUGUGAUAUGGCUUUCCACAUCUACUGCCUCAACCCUCCCCUUAGUAGUAUACCAGAUGAUGAGGAUUGGUAUUGCCCUGAAUGUCGAAAUGAUACAAGCGAGGUGGUUUUAGCAGGAGAGAAAUUAAAAGAAAGUAAAAAGAAACAAAAGAUGGCAUCUGCUAAUUCGUCCUCGCGGAGAGACUGGGGCAAGGGUAUGGCAUGUGUUGGUCGCACAAAGGAAUGUACCAUUGUCCCCUCGAACCACUAUGGACCGAUUCCUGGGAUUCCGGUGGGCACCAUGUGGAAGUUCAGAGUUCAGGUGAGCGAAUCCGGUGUUCACAGGCCCCACGUGGCAGGUAUACACGGCAGAAGUAACGAUGGCGCCUAUUCCUUAGUUCUGGCAGGGGGCUAUGAAGACGACAUAGAUCAUGGAAAUUCCUUCACAUAUACAGGGAGCGGAGGGCGUGAUCUUUCUGGAAACAAACGCACAGCAGAACAGUCUUGUGAUCAAAAACUCACCAAUAUGAACAGAGCUCUGGCUCUGAACUGCAGUGCCCCCAUCAACGACAAAAAUGGAGCUGAAGCCAAGGACUGGAGAGCUGGGAAGCCGGUCCGAGUGGUGAGGAAUGUAAAAGGAGGCAAACAUAGCAAAUACGCUCCCGUAGAAGGGAACAGAUAUGAUGGCAUAUAUAAGGUUGUGAAAUACUGGCCUGAGACAGGGAAAUCCGGAUUUUUAGUGUGGCGUUACUUACUUAGGAGGGACGAUGAAGAACCUGCUCCUUGGACCAAAGAAGGAAAGGACAGGAUGAAGAAGCUUGGCCUAACAAUGCAGUAUCCUGAAGGGUAUUUGGAAGCUGUUGCAAACAAAGAUAAGGAAAAAGAAAAUAAUGGAGAUGAUGAGUUUGAUACCCUGGGGAAAGGAAAGAGGAAAAGGAAAUCAGCAGGUGGAGAGCAAAAACUCGUUACCUCUCCUACAGGGACUCCAAAGAAAACUAAAGUUGAGCCAUACAAGCUGACACCUCAGCAAAAAUCUCUGAUAAAAAGUGAUGAAGUCAAUGAAAAACUGUGGAAUGAAGUACUAGAAGCUCUCAAAGAUGGACCGAAAUUUCUAAACAAAGUUGAAGAGGCCUUCUUGUGUAUUUGCUGUCAGGAGGUUGUGUUUCGGCCAGUCACGACCGUGUGCCAGCACAACGUCUGCAAGGAUUGUUUGGAUAGAUCCUUCAAAGCCGAUGUGUACAGUUGUCCAGCCUGCCGCUACGAUCUUGGCAAAAAUUACACCAUGCAAGUGAACGAAACACUGCAGACCAUUCUAACUCAGCUCUUUCCUGGAUACGGCAAUGGACGGUGAUUCUGUAAAGCACUUCUAAUUUUCUUUUGUUCAAACUUAUAAAUGGGUUUUCAAUGGGCUUAAUUUAAAAAAAAGAGAAGUAGUCUGUGUUCUCCCGGACCCAUAAAAAA